AAAACCUAUAAUAGAUGGGGAUAUGGUGCCUAGAUGACAACAUUUGGAUCAUUAACUUAUUAUUGUUUGAAAGCAAAUGGUGCUAAAAGUAAAUUAACAUUGGGUUUUUUAUAUAUUUAUUGGAUUAAUCAUUUCUUUACUGUUGGUAGUUUUAUUGGAGUGUCUUUCUAAUUGCCUUGGGCUAUAAGACAUUUACAUCAAUCAGAUCCUCAAUCUAAUUUAUAUCACCAAUUAACAUAAAUUUAAAAUUUGAUAAGAAAUCGUAAGGAUGAAUCAGAUAGUGAAUUAAAUAACAUGUUUUAUGCAUUGAGAGUAAUUAACAAUGAAGUAUAAAUUUAUAUUCAUGUUCUUAUAGAAAAUUUAAGAUUAAAAGAGAACAUAAUUAGUGGAAAAUGAUUUUUUUGAUAAACAUCCAGAAUAUGUACCAUAAGUAUUAUAAGAAAAUACUCGACUUCCUUAUUUAGAUUAUUUCCUAGUGCGAUUUGCAUAUUUUACAUUCACAAGGUGGAUUACAAGAGUUGGUCAAUUUACAGGAUUUAUACAAUGAUAAUUUUAUUGUAUAUAACAUUAAUACUCACGAUAAAUGCCAAAAAGUAAUUCGAUCCUCUCAAAGUGAGACCUAGAACUUUUGAUAAACAUAUCUAUU